GGGCCCAUCUGUUCCCGGCGGCGCGGCGGUUGCUCUGCAGGGCGCGGGCGGUGGCGCGGGGAGGCGGAGGAGGAUGGGCCCACGCAGCGGCGGCCGCCCGCGGCAGGGGCAGCAGCAGCGCCCCCGCCGGCCCUAGCGCCCCCGCGCCGGCGCCGAGCCGCCCCAUGCGCGGGCGGCAGCGAGGGGGCAGCGCGGGGCCGCCGGGGGGCGGCCGCUGAGCGGCGUGGCGCCGGGGGGCGGGCGGAGCCGGAGCGCCGAGCGGCGGCGGCACGCAGCCGCCCGCGGAGUGAGGCAGCGAGCGGGCGGCAGGCAGGCAGGCAGCCGGCGGUGGCCGCGGGAGAUGUGCCCGGAGGAGGACGGCGGCUGCGGCGGUGGCGGUGGCGGCGUGGCAGGCACCGGCGGCCCCGAGGCGGCGGUGGCGCUGGACGAGCUCCGCUCCUGGUGGGAAGUCCCUGCCAUAGCGCACUUCUGCUCGCUGUUCCGCACCGCCUUCCGUCUGCCCGACUUCGAGAUCGAGGAACUGGAGGCCGCUCUUCACAGGGAUGAUGUGGAGUUUAUCAGUGACCUGAUCGCCUGCCUUCUUCAAGGUUGCUAUCAGCGCAGAGACAUCACAUCCCAGACGUUUCACAGCUACCUGGAAGACAUAAUCAACUACCGCUGGGAGCUGGAGGAAGGGAAACCCAACCCUUUGCGGGAGUCCACCUUCCAGGAGCUGCCUCUACGCACCCGCGUUGAGAUUCUGCACCGCCUCUGUGACUACCGCCUUGAUGCAGAUGAUGUCUUUGACCUCCUCAAGGGCUUGGACGCCGACAGCCUCCGCGUGGAGCCGCUGGGCGAGGACAGCAGCGGUGCCCUGUACUGGUACUUCUACGGCACACGGAUGUACAAGGAGGACCCGGUGCAGGGGAAACCCAACGGAGAGCUGGCUCCAGACAGGGGAUGCGGGGGCCAGACAAACACCUCAAAUGUUCCUGGCAAAACAGGCAAGAGAAGAGGGCGACCCCCAAAGCGGAAAAAACUACUGGAAGAAAAUAUGCUGAGGGAGAAGGCAGAAGAGAACUUGCUAAUCCGUGAGACUCAGAUAAGAAAUGGGUCCCAAGGGCCUGGCCGUGGGACAUGGUGGCUGCUGUGUCAGACGGAAGAGGAGUGGAGGCAGGUCACAGAGAGCUUCAGAGAGAGGACUUCCCUUAGAGAGCGGCAGCUCUACAAACUCUUGAGUGAAGACUUCCUGCCGGAGAUCUGCAACAUGAUUGCGCAGAAGGAGAAGCGUCUGCAGCGGACAGAGGUUUCUCCCAGGUGGAUGUCUGACCAUCAGCCCAUCAAACCAAUCAAGCAGGAGGUAAACCCGAACGUGCUGAGUUCAGUGGAGAAGCAGAGGCGCAGGGAGGAAGAAGAGGAGCGCCAAAUCCUUAUAGCGGUGCAGAAGAGGGAGCAGGAACAGCUGCUGAAGGAGGAGAGGAAGAGAGAGAUGGAGGAGAAGGUCAAAGCGGUGGAAGAACGAGCCAGGAGGAGGAAGCUUCGUGAAGAGCGGGCCUGGCUGCUGGCACAGGGGAAAGAGCUCCCCCCUGAGCUUUCCCACUUGGAUCCCAGUUCUCCUGCCAGGGAAGAGCGAAGAACCAAGGACCUCUUUGAACUGGACGAUGAGUUCACAGCCAUGUACAAAGUUCUAGAUGUGGUAAAGGCUCACAAGGACUCUUGGCCCUUCUUGGAACCUGUUGAUGAAUCGUAUGCUCCCAACUACUACCAGAUCAUUAAGGCCCCUAUGGACAUCUCUAGCAUGGAGAAGAAGUUGAAUGGAGGUCAGUACUGCACCAAGGAAGAAUUUGUGGGCGAUAUGAAGACCAUGUUCAGGAACUGUCUUAAGUACAAUGGUGAAGGAAGUGAAUAUACCAAGAUGGCUUACAACUUGGAGAGGUGUUUCCACCGAGCAAUGAUGAAGCACUUCCCUGGGGAAGAUGGAGACACGGAUGAUGAAUUUUGGAUCAGAGAAGAUGGGAAACGGGAAAAGAGGAGCCGACGGACUGGCCGCUCCAGCACAGGCAGCGUUUGGACUCGGUCACGAGACUCAGAGGGACCAGGCAAGAGGCAGCAACGCCUGGAAAAUGGAGGAAAACCUCCACCGUACCGAGCUACUUCCAGGGCUCCAGCUUCUUCCUCCUCUUCCUCCUCCUUCUCCUCAUCCUCUGCAGAGGAUCCAAGUGGCAACCCAAUGCAGCCUCCUCGAGAAGUGGGCCCUUCCAAUGGGCGAGGUUUCCCUCGCUCUCUGCAGUACGGUGGCAUGCCCAGCUCUGUGCCACAUCCCGGCCAGAUGAGACCAGCCGUGCCAGGAACAUUUGGUCCCCUACGUGGAUCAGAUCCCACAAAACUCUACGGCUCGCCACGAGUGCCUGAGCCCCAUCCCGGAGAACCGGUCCAGCAGCACCAGCACUUUGCCAUGCAGCCGGCUGUGGGACUGAACGAGCACCGCGGGCACAGGCUGGCUGCCCCAGAGAAGCAGACAUGUGCAGGACCAACCCACAUCUCCAGCCUCGGCCCUCGGCCGGGCACCCUGCAGCUGGGGCGUGUCAGUGGCCCCCCACCUGAUGCCGUCUACCCACCAGCCCAGUUCCAGCAGGGCUUCCUCCCCCCGAGGCACAACGGGCCCCCCGUGAGGCCGCCGGAGGGCUCCGAGGUCCCCCCGGGGCACAUGUACCGGCCCUACAAGUACCUGAACCGUGCGCACCCGGCUCUGUGGAAUGGCAGCCAUGGCCCUGCCAGCCAGGGUGCCAUGGGGCCAGAGGAGAAGUCACCCAUGGGGCCGGGGCCAUCGCUCCAGCCCCGCGGCAUGGGUCAUAUGAUGGACCCCCGGGCCAUGAGGCCAACACUGCCUCCCAGCCAGUGGACCGAGCAACCAAAUUUCCUACCUCACGGGGUGCCUCCCUCAGGGUAUAUCAGACCGCCUGGGAAAGCCACCAGCCAGAGGAUGCCGCAGCCAGCAGCCACUCUGUUCGGGGGACAGCCUCAGGUGCAAAGAGGGUGCCAGGGCGGGGACUCCAUGAUGGACAGCCCGGAGAUGAUCGCCAUGCAGCAGCUGUCCUCCCGCGUCUGCCCACCGGGUGUGCCUUACCACCCUCGCCAGCCGCCCCCACCGCACCUCCCCGGACCCUUUCCCCAGCUGGCUCAUGCUGCUUCCACUGCUGGCGUGCAGCCUCCAAAACCCGUUGUGGGGAAUGGGAGCUCGCAGGAGCUGACCGGUCAGACCAUGAAGCCAGAGACCAACCAAGUGGAGCCGCCAGCAGGUGUGGACGAGAAGGCUCAGUGCAUCGGCAUUCCUGACGGCACCUACGCCAAACUCCUACCUCAUCCCAAGCCCCCGCUGCCCAUGGAGUGCACCAGGCGCGCCUUGCCCCCAGAUGGGGAAGGGGACAGCUCCGGUGCGAAGGCUGACCUGAAGGCAGGGCAGGGCAAAGGCACGUGGCCAGUGGAAAGCAGCUACGCUGGCGGCCCGGGCUGUGCGAGGGACCUGGUACCCGCCUCAGAGAGAGGGGGUCCCCUGCCCGAGAACGGGGUGGCGAGCGAGGGGCCGGCAGGCAGUGCCGAGGGGAAGGGGCUGGCUGCCAACCUGCUGGAGAAGCCCGUCUGCAGCGGGGGGAAGGUUCUGCCAGAAGCAGCCGUGCCUUGCAUGGGGCAGGGCACCGGCCUCCCUGGCAUGGACGCCAGCUCCAUGGGUGCUGCCCCCAACCAGUUCCACCCUCUCUACAUGCCUGGCCUAGAAUACACUAAUUCAGCCGGGCGGUACCACAUCAACCCAGGCCUGCAGGGGUUUGGCCCCAUGAUGGGGGGGAAGCCUCCUCCUCCUGCCUCUCACCCCCAGCAUUUCCCCCCGCGGGGUUUCCAGCCGAGUAGCGCCCACCCGGGCGUCUUCCCCCGGUACCGGCCCCCCCAGGGCAUGCCCUACCCCUACCAACCACAGCCUCAACCUUCCUACCACCACUACCAGCGACCGCCCUACUACGCCUGUCCGCAGGGCUACGCAGACUGGCAGAGGCCUCUGCACCCCCAGGCCAGCCCCAGCGGGCACCCCACCACCCACCCACCCCUGGCCAGACCCCCUUUCCCGGAUCGGGGGUCCGCUGGUGGCUUGCAGGGCUGCGAGGCGCUGAGCACCGCCCUGGCCUCUCCCAACCGCAUGGACGUAGCGAGUGCCAAAGAGGUUUCUCCGAGCGAUGGGCAGGAACUGGGGCCUGAAGAUGAGAAGUCUGAGGAGUCCCAGGAAAGACCGGAGAGUCCCAAAGAGUUUCUUGAUUUGGACAACCACAACGCAGCCACGAAGAGGCAAAGCUCGGUGGCAGCAGGGGAAUUCCUCUACGGAGCCCCCCCACCGCAUCUGGGUUCAGGGAUGGGAUUUGGCCCAUCAGCUUUCCCUCCCCACGGGGUGAUGCUACAGACUGGCUCUCCUUAUGCAUCCCGGCAUCCCGCCAGUCAUUUCCAGCCCAGGACAUAUGGAUCACCCAUGAAUGCUCACCUGUCUCAUCAUCCAGCCUCUGGCCAGGCCAAUGGCCUCUCUCAGGAGGGACCCCUGUACCGCUGUCGAGAGGAGAACGUAGGUCACUUUCAGGCCUUGCUGAUGGAGCAGAGAGGCAGUGGAGGUGGCAUGGGGGGGCCACCCCAGGACUUGUAUAGACCCUCGGGAAUGCAAAUGCAUCAGGCUCAAGUUCCUUUCCCGAAGAUGCCUACAGCAACCAUGUCCCGGGAGGAUCUGACAUCACAAAAACCAUCAGUGUUGCCUCUGGAUCAAAGCUAGUCCGAGGAAGGAAGGUCCUCAUGAAGACGAAAGCCACACGUGAUUUGGACAAGGGGGAGGAGGGGCAGGCCUUUCUCCCACCCUCCCCUCGCCCGAGCAGCAUGUAGCUUCCUGGGUCCAUGGAACACGGUGCCGUGAUGGCUUUGGUGUUGGAAACCUGGAGCGGUGCGGUGCCCCAGCAAGCCGAGCAGCUGGCUCACCACCACAGGGCAAGCAUCGCAAACUAGUGGCUUUCACUGACCGGAGACCGCGUCUCGUUCAGGGUUUGAGGGAUUCUUUUUGGGUGGGGAGGGGGGGGUGAGGGUUGAAACUUUCAUUGACUGCUAAACUCAGGUAUAUUUUUCAGGGUGGAAGAGGAUGAUGAUGGAAUUUUACUUGUAGUAUUAACGUGUGUGUUUUGGAGCUGGAUCCAGUUUACAGAAUUUAACCUGUUGCCUUUUUAAAUAAAUUUCUGUUGUUGGUGAAUGUAUUGUACAUAAUGGGGGAGGGAGUGGGCCCAGCUUGUAGUGGGCUUAGCACUGGAGGAAUCCUUAACUGUUUACAAUCAUAUCACACUGAAAUCUUUCAGGAUAGGGUGAGGGUUUGGGGGGAGCAGGGAGAGGCGAGGGAACAUGUGAUGGAUGACUUGCUGUCCUCCUUCCUGUCCUCUGCAUCUGAAACACAACCCAACAGUUGGUUGACUUUAUAGCAGGAAUUGCUCAGGAGCAUAACGUAUCCUCCUCUUUCUCUUCUUCCUUCUUUCCCUCUAACUUCGACCUCCACUGCUCUGGAUCCAGGGCCUGAGUGCAAUUCCAGCUCCUGUCAUCGUGGGGGAACAAGGAAACCAGGACCAGGAAUUGAAACUAGGACAGGACACUCAUGCCAUUGUCCCUUCUGCUAGUAUAGGACCCUUCUCCUUGCCUUUCUGAUAGGAGAAAUGUAUGCUCUAGAGAAGAGAAAGUGGCAUAACUGGUCAUCUUAGACUUCUUUCAAUGAAACCAGUGGAGCAGCACCUCUCCAGUAGAACAAAUAUUGUGUAAAUCUGUAUUGCCUUGCUGCCUGAGGAGGGGAGCCAAGUCCCGCCUCCCCCACCACCACCUUUCUUUCUCUGUCCCUUUCUCCGACCCUCAGUACCCCAGGUUUCCUGACCACUCUUGGUUGCCUGUGGAAGAGGCCCAUGAGGCUGCUUUGGGGGGAAACAGUUGUUUUGCUGCAAUGUGAGUUGUUUGUUGGCCUCUGGAGCCGGACUUGUUGUCUGCAGGUUGCAGGUUAAUUGAAAAGCAACAAUUCAAAAUCAGAUGUUGAGGUGGCGUGGCUAAGGGGCGAGGGAGAGGAUCAUGUACUUGAGUUGACUUGGUUUACGUUUGUCAUGAUGCCGUAGCAGCAAGUCCUACAGGGUUAGUGGUAGCUUCCCUCGAAGGCUGUGUGUGGUCUGCGGGGGCUUUCCUCAACAGUUGCAGUUCUGCACUGGGGAACCCCUGCGUGCUGGUGCUUCUCCAGGCACUGACACCCAAAUGCAGGUUUGACAAAUUAGUUCAGUAGGAAUCUCAUCUGCAGAUGUUUAUUCAUGUCUUAAAACCUAACAAGGAAAUGCAGCUGAUUAUUCUUGGAGGAGCUAAAGUAAAACAAGGUGCAGCUGCUACACUACUGUGGUACUGUCUAUGUUACCAGCUAGGGGACAGCCUUUGUCUCCAGAUUUCUGAAGAUUUUUUCUGGCUGCUUUGUUGUCUUGGAUGGUGCCAUCACCGUAUCUUUAUCUGGAUUGCUCCAGCAUGCAUGGCUGCACCACCUUUGUCCUGCUGUGUAGAUCCACCACGUGCUGGCAAAGCUGUUUGAGCAAGUGGCAGGUAGCAUCUAUUUGAGCCAUUACUCCUUCUGUCCUCAGCUUUAGAAAGCACAAAAAUCCUAAAAGAUGAGAAAUAUUCUUUCUUGAAAUACUUAGAACAAGGGAAGAUGGCCACAUUAGUGGCCUCUUACCAACGAGCCUCUGUACUCUGUUGCUACAGUACUUUUGCCUCUGAUGAGCUGUGCACGGCCAAGACAUUUUCCAAGCCUAACAGGAGUUGAAUUUCUUCACACUGUUGCUACAAGCUAGUUUAUUAUAAACACAGUUCUUCUUACUCACUGCAGCAGCUAGCCUGGGAACUAUAGCUGCUGUACUCUUAGUCCAGUGAGUUGCCUGGGACAGCCGGCUCCUCCGCAAAGGGAGACUUCAAUACAAUGUGAAUUACUUACAGUAUCUAUCUAUAGAUGCCAUUACGUUACAAAAGGGAGAUUUGUUUUGUUUUGGUUUACAUUUGCGUUCAUCUGUCAGGGAGCAAUUGUCACUGGUGGACUGGUAUAAACUGGAAUAGAAGACCCUGAAGGUUGUCCUUUGACUGAGAAGCAUGUACCUUCUCUCCCCAGCCAAGAACAUUAUGCUACAGCUCAUCCAAAUUUGUCCCUGAUCUAAAGGUUCAUCGCUGGCUCAUCAGCUGGCAGUGGGUUUUCAGAGCUGCUCAAAAGUGCAGGUUCGGACCCCUCCCUGAAUGGAGGUACUGAAGCAGCAGUAGGUAUUUAUGAAAAACAGUGCAAGUGUAACUGCUCUUCAAGACAAUAAACCUGGGACAAAUGAAAAUACAUUCUUCAGUUCAUUGUAUAUAUAAAAAUAAUUUGAAAUAGCACAUUCAAAAGUAGAGGAACUGUAAAAUAUAACUUGUAGCAAAGUAUUCAAAAUUCUGGAAAAGUAAAUGCAGAUUUUGCAGAAAACCCCUGCUGUACUUCAGCCUAUGUCUUCUGUAUCACAGACAGCUAAGUGACUAUUUGAAGUGCCUUUCAUUCAGCUCAUUGUGAACUUUGUGGAACAGGAUAUUUUUAGAAGCUAUUAAAAAAACAAACCACCAACCAAAAAGCCACUAAGCUGAAGCACUCUUGGCCUUCAGCUGGAACUGGCACUGAAAACACGGUUCUAGUGGUCAUGGAACCUGGCUGAGCACCAGGCCCAGAUCAAAACAGGCAAGAAAUAAGAAAGGCAAGAACUGCUUGUGGUCUGCCUGGAGAAGGGUAGUAGAGUGUUAAGACAGUGACAGAUACUCUGAGGAUCCUAUAUGGAAUAUGUGACACGAAGAUGUUAUCCCUUACCUGACAUAAUGCAAAUCUGGGAGAAGGGUUUAUCUUGCAGAUGGCAGACAAAACUGAGCAGUGAAGCUGACUCCUGGGAGAGUUUCUAGGUAAAUGGCUUUUUAUGUAGUCAGUAGUUCUUAUUAAAGUGACUAACAAGCUGCUGUUGUGAGGACACAUGGUUUAUAUUAGAAAAGUCCUGAUGUAGCGCAGGUGGAGCUAUGGCUGGGCCGCAGGGACAGGGCUGUCCUGGGGACAAGGCAUGCUGAGGGAGCGAGCUGCUUGUGGAAUCUUAGCUUGGAGUUUCCAGACGUUCAAAUGCUUUGUUUAUAAGUGUUUUUCUUUCUGUGAUGACAUCUAGGCAUGCCCCAAAAACCAGAGGUCUAUCUCACUAAGUACAAUUUGUGCAAAUCACAGAAAAUUGGUAUCCCUCAGAGAGCACAGGGCUGGGAGCAAAUUGCUGAGGUGGAACACCAGUGGAAAUGUACAGGGAGAGGCAGAAAAUGUGAAUUUUGUAGUUUAUGGUUUCUCAACCCAUGCUGCACAGGGCUGUUUUGUAGAUAUUGUAAAAGAGAUGGGUUUAAGGAGGGAUUUAGAAGGGAGUAAAAUGGUGGCUCUUUAUGUACAGAGCGGUACUUUUUGACAUGGGUUGUCAUAAAAUGCAGGAGAAUUGUAGCUGCAUUUUAAAAUACCCUGGCUUUAGAGUGCCAUACUUGUGUCACUAUGUUAAACAAUAUUUUAACACAAUUCAGAGAAAUUCUGGACUCUGGUUGGAAGCCCUCUUUCUCAUCCCCCAGCACUGUUGCAGUAUAGUGUAUUACCAGUUGAUCCUUCUUCAGCAAGCCUCUUGAGCUAGUGACUUUGCAAAGUUUCCUGUAACUAUUACUUUUCCUAUAAGGAGGAUGUGUUUUGCUGUAAUUAUGGAUUUCUUGUUAAACAAGGCUAUAUAAUACAUAGAACAAAUAUGAUGUUGAGCAUGCCAAAAUUUUCCAAUAUUCUCAGAAGAGCUGAGUACACUGAGUACACCCUUUAUAGUAUCUUGCUCUGCCCACCGCCUCACCCUUUGCAAGUGGUGUGUGGUGUUCCCAAGUUCCUAAGAUGUUUGAUUGCCAUUAUAAAUGCCAUUGUAUAAACUCCCAUUGGGACUCUGGAAGCUUUGGGCAUCUUAAGUCUUACAGGCCUUGGCAAUUCAACUAAGCAUUUUAAGAAGGCCAGUCACUGAGGCUUCACAGUGAUUUUUAGCUGUGUCCAGCAGAAGUUUGUAGUCUAUAAAUUUUGUGGUGUGACCCACCAAAACCACUCAGUAGCAAUCCAAAGCACCAGCCUGCAAUGAGGAGGACAAAAGAGGAAAGUAAAUUUGAAGCUUCAGGGCCCAACUGGCUUGAUUUGUGACUUUAAAGUACAUGGAGACACUUUUCUUGGAAGAGCUUCUGAUCCUUUCUUGUCUGCCAAAUGCCUGUCCCAUGCAGCCUUUCUGAAACAAAUCUCCUGUGUAUAUUUUUGUAAGUGUGGUUUCUCGGGGUCUUGGAGAGCUAUCAGCUUCUUGAUGUCUUAUCUGAAAGCUAGUCACAGAGGCUGUCUUUCAUUCUACUGACUGAGGCAGUUCUGCAGCUUCUCACCCCAACACUUCUCCAUUUAAAAUGAAAAUAUAAUUAGAAAAGCAACCUUUUUCUUUCCCUCUGCUGAUCUCUGUCAGUCUUCUGUUCAGUCAGGGCUGUUCCUUUGCUCUUGAUGGCUUUGUUCUGCUUUCCUUUUCCAAGGACAUGGUGUUGCCAUGUGCAUUGUGGAGUUUUGGAGGAGGUGCUGAACUGAGUGAUGAGGAAGAGCCAUCCCUAGGGGCGGCUUGGAGAAGACAAACAGGGAAAUUGGUGAUGGUGUGGUUACCCCUGGUUCCCCUCGCUGCAGAGAAACCGUGCAACUCGGUCUGCACUUAAUCAGAGCUACCCUGUAAGAAGUUUUUACUGCAGUGCAUUGGUGAUAGAGGAGUUUGCUCUUGCAGAAUUCCUGUUUGGCUUUAAGUCCGAUCGGUGCCAGUGGUGGAAGAGCAGGUGUGUAAGUGCUGUAUCCUUUCUGUAAGGCCAAGACUGAGAUAGCUGGCUGUGAAAGCAGCGUUGCAGCUGCAGGCCAUGUGACAAGCUUUAAGAGCAUGUGCUUAUUGUAACCGAGAAAGCAUCUCAAACAUUGACCUUCCAGCCUUUCCCCAUCUGUACCUGUUUAACAUACAGAUGGGGGUAAAGCACAUUUGGGCUUGGCAGGACCCCUGCCGCCCAUGCGGAAGGAAAACGCUUUUAACCAGCACAUAAUGAACUAUGCUGUCUGGGUUUCACUCUCUGCUGCCCACCUCCCUCUCCGAGAAAGAGCUGCGGAUAACCCAUUGCCAGCUGUCUCCAAAUAGGAGCUCCUGGGAUGACAAGAGUGAGGCUGGGCCCACCCCUAGGCAAGGACAUUCAGGACAGGGUUGUAUGUAUUUGAAACUUAAUAGUAACAUCCAGGUGUACCUUCGAAGUGCAGGUGGAGCGAGCUGUGUGGCGCCCUUCCCUUUUUGAUUCCUCUCUUGCCUCGGCUCAUGUGGUAUUUGAGAGACCAUGGAGCAUUUUGUAGUUUUAACACUGCUGGUCUUUCACCAACUGAGGUGGUUUUUAUUUUCCUUAAUCUGCAGCAGUGGCCUAGAUUUCUUCUGGCAAAGGUCUUCCUCUUUUUGAAACGUGCAUGUCAAAGUGGAUAGCGCAUCCUGGAGAGAGCAAGAGCUACAUUCACUAGUGGAAGAGGAGAUGAAGGAUUAAUUAGGGGUGAAGAUUAAUUGGGAUUUUCACCAACUCCAGCAAGUCCCUCUGUCCUUUGCCUCUUUUAUUUGGAAAUGCAUGGCUCGCUAGCAGAAGGGCAGUGAGUGGAAUAUCUUAUAAAUAAAAGUGGAACUGGCUCUGUGUGGAAAAAAAUCCCUUGUCGUGGACAAAGUUAGGCAAGAUGGCCAUUGGGAACUCCUUUGGACUUCAAAUAGGUGAGGGGCAAACAGGUACCUAGUGCACUGAAACAUAUGAAAGAGGAGUGAUUUCACUUUCUAAAGCCAGCCAGGCAGCUACAGGAGCUCAGGCCUCGUCUUUUCAGUCUGGAACAUCCCCUGAUCCCCUUUUGUGUCAUGCACCAAUACUUCCCCUCUCCUUGCUUCCUAGCUUUCAAGUUUCUUUCCCUCUGCUCGCUUUGCUGCAGUGGGUUCCUGUCAAGUGCAGAGAUGAAAGCUCACUGCCUGCAUGAGUAGAAGGGCAGAAGGUUGAACUCACCAGCUGUCUCCUCUGCACAUGUGUAUAGAAAGCAGGUGGGGAGUACACAUUUACUCUCCUCAUGAAAUUAAGGUGUCCUCAGUGGCUUAUUUGUGUUCUCCCGUGUGCCCUUGGGGUUUUGUCCCCUGGCACGGUGAUGUCUGUCCCUCUGUCAGCACAAGGAGUUGUUCCUGGCCCCUGGCGCAGGGUUUCUGCACAUGAUCCUGGUGUGUCUACCUCCAAGGGGUCUUAGGUUAAAAAUAUAUACUGUGUACAACCAUGAAAACUGUUGCCUCUCUUCCUUGAUAGAUCAAUGGACACCGCUGCCUGAUUUCUUUCUGAGCAAUAAUAAUGUGCAGCAGUGCAAGUUUGACGUUCUCACAUUGUUUCAGGGAGCGGAUGGCUAUGAAACUGGGGGCCUUCACAGCUUGCAAGAUGCUUUCUGUGACCCUGCAUUUUAUCUACGCCACGUUCCUGCUUUCCCAGCAACUGUUGAAUUGAUUUAGGUAGCCAGGAUAGAGCUGGUUGCUUCCUCUGUUUUGGGGAAGGUAGAAAGGGAAAGGAGCGAGUUGGUAAAGUUGAGCCUCAUCCAUGAAGCAGAGCACAUGGAAGAGGGGUGCCUGUUGCUGCUGUGGAGCGAGGGGUGGGUGAACAGCUGAUUUAAUUCCUCCGGGGGAGGAAAGUGACCCACUGCUGCUUCGCUUGACAUUGAUGGGGGAGGUAGCAGGAGAGCCUAUGCCACUACGUCCAUUCUUCUGAAGUUGGGUGAUGUUGGUUUGUUUGGUUUGUUGUUUUUUUGUUUUCUUUUUUUUUGUUUGUUUUUUUUGGGGGGGUUUUUUGUAUUAUUGUAAGUUUGUAAAGAAUGUAAUCUGUCUAUUGGGGGCACAAGGAGAAAACGGGGGCCUUUCUCUUUUUGGGUGAGGCUGUUCUUAUGUUGCUGUGUUUUUUGUUGUUGGGUGGGGAAGGGGUCUAGGGGCUAUAGGGGCAAAAGCCUGGCUGAUGUCAACUGGUUGCAGCUGUCCCAGGACUGCGGGAGGUUGAGGUGGUGCUGCAGCAGAGACCUCCCACACCAAGCUGUGAAAACAACCCCUGUCUCCAUCCUUCAGUGGGGGGAAUCUGACCUGCGUGAUGCUCAGGACUGGGGUGUUAUACUGAGUUGUGGGACCUAAUGCCUGAGGGCUGGUCCUGCUCGUCUAUGGCUCAGUUAGAAACUGGGCUGGCCAGCUGCCCGUGCUGUUGAGGAAAGGUUGGAUUUGAUAAGCCUGAAUUUCUCAGUGCUGGAGUUGCUUGCCCCAGUGCUCCUCUCCCCAGUGGGGGCUCAGGUCCUGCACCUCUCCAUCACCUGGUGCCCAGGAACCCUGGCUCUCAGCCCUGCCUCCUUCCCCAUCCCGCAGAGCACAGUGUCAGGGAUCCUCUUCUCUCUCCUGCUGCUGCAAAGUUGUGUUAACUUUCCUGGUCAAUACUGGAAAGGGGAAUGCUAUUUAUUUUUAUAUUGUGUAUAUUUUGUCUUGGUCUGCUGAUUACCUUUGUUCCCCAAGAGCGACAGUUACCUCAAUAGUUAGUUUAAUACUGUGUGUUGGGUAAUUUUUUUAAAGAACUUUUUUAAAAGCUUGAUCCUUGGAGGUCUGUAGAUUUUAUUUCCAUAUGAAUUGGUUAUUUUGUAUAAAGUACGUUCUUAAAAUAGCAA